UUGCAAUCACAAUUCUUAUUUACAAAUUGUAAAUGACUCAAUUCAAUGGUAAAAGAUGCCAAUUAUUCAAUUCAGACUAGAUAAAGAAAGACAAUUGAAGUUUCACUUUCUUUUGAUCAUCUUAUAAUACAAUUGAUAAACUCAUAUCGAAAACAAAUUAUCAUCAUUUACAAAAGUCUGCAAGGUUUCAAAAUUUUCAAACAUUAGCCAGUUGUUUUUUAAACAUACCUAUAUCCAGUUGAGAACUCACAUCAUGAUUUUGAUAACCAAUCUUAAAAAACAUAUUAAAGUACGCUUCUUUUGUCUCAAAAUAGUAAUUGAAAAACAUAUAAAUUGGUCAUUGAGCAUUAGAUCAUUACCUCGAGUCGAAGCAAACUCAAUAAUGAAGGUUUUCUUGCUCUUAGCUUUUGUCGCCUGCGCCAGCGCUCAAUGGGCACCCAACUGCGGAAGAAGUCAGUACCCUGAUCCUGCUCCCGAACAGAAUACAGAUGAAUUCGGUAGAGUUGUUGGUGGCUGGGAAUCCAGACCAAAUGAAUUUCCUUAUCAAUUGAGUUUGAGAAGAUUUGGAAGUCACACUUGCGGAGCUGUCAUCAUCAACAGCCAAUGGGCUCUUUCUGCCGCUCAUUGUACUUCCUCUGGAUCUGCAAGUGGUUUGGCCGUUGUUGCUGGAGCUCAUCGUAGAAGCAGCCCAGCUGCUGCUGAACAAACUUCAAACCUUUUGAGUGUAACCAACCACGAAGACUACCAAAACCCCCUUCGUUACUCCAACGAUAUCACUCUUCUCAGAUUGGAAACCCCAUUGACCUUCAACGCUCAAGUCACUGGUGCCUGUGCCCCAAGAGAUGUCACCUAUGAUGAUGAUACCGUUACCAUUUCUGGAUGGGGAUCUACCUUCUCUGGUGGUUUCGUUACCGAUGAAUUGAGAUACACCAAUGUUCAAGUAUGGAGCAAUGAUGAAUGUUCUGGCCCAUACCCAGGAAGCAUCGAUGAUAGCAUGAUCUGUGCUGCUGCCCCAGGCAGAGAUACCUGUCAAGGAGAUUCUGGUGGCCCAAUGGCUUACAACAACAACGGUCAAUUCGAAGUUGUCGGUUUGACUUCAUGGGGAAGAGGAUGUGCUCUCGCCACCCAUCCAGGAGUUUACGCCAGAGUCAGUGCCAACCUCCAAUGGAUCGCUGAUAACACCCAAUAAACUAUUUUAAAUAAAGUGCCCAAUUCAUAAUAAUACUUGUUUCAAUAAACAAUUGCUAUAAAAAUAGAACAAAUAACCUAGGCCAAACUUUGCAAUCAUUUCUAAUUAUUUAUGACUUAUGUCAUACAUGCCUCUUUUUCUUUAAUACUUUUUAAAAAAGCUGAAUGGUUACCAUAAGUUUCUCUAACAGUUUAAAAGUACUAAAUUCUUAAAACGUUUAAUGGUUUAUUGAACCCUUUCCACUUUAUUCAACAACUAUUUUAUCUGUAUAAUGAUAGAGGAAACUUUUCAUGCUAUACUAUGUUUUUAGAAACUAUUUUUAGAGGGAGUCAGUACUAUUUUAAUUUUAAUACAUGACUAAAUAAUAAGAAUUUUAGGCCUGAUUUUCUUAUCUUAUCGUGCUAUUCGAUUUUUGAAUUUCCAAUAUGUUGAAAGAGAUUUUAAUACAAAAUUUAAUUGAGAUAAA